GCCACGAUUCAAUUUUCGUAUUUUCCCUUUUAUAGAACCAACCUCUGCCCUUUUCUCCUCCCUCCGCUUUCUCUCUCUAGCUUAUCGGUAAACGCCGGUAACCGCCACCGUCGGGACUUCUUCUCCGGCGGGGAAUUUCACCAAUUACUACGCAGAAGCAUCUUCCAUUUGUCAUCUGACUGUAGUUUGUGGGAGAAUUAGCCUACUCGGACGGCGAAAGCGUUCUGAUCUUUUGUUUCGACUCGGUUCGUUCUGUUUCAGGAGAAUGCCGCGUGCCUAAGGCAUUGUUUGGGCGGUUUUUUGUUCUAGAUCGUGAUCUAGGCCUCUGGAUCGUUUUAUUACCGCCUCGUUGUUGGCCCUUUUUUCCGGCGACGUAUGAGCUCGAGCUUAGACGGACUUCAGUGAAGAGGUGCCUCGGAAUGAGAUGGUGGAAGAAAAACUUGCAUGUGAAGAGAAGUUAAUUUGGUAUUUUUGAAGGAUAAAGGGAUUCAUCAAGUGAAAUCUGGAACAGUGGAUGAUUUUGCACGUUCUUAUAACCCAAUGAGCAGAUGUGGAGGAGACGCUCUUAGAGGCCAUGGAACUUGUGGGUUGAGGAUACCUGGCGGCUUAGGCACAUACCCACAGUCUGCAGGUGCAUUUAAUAAAAAAAACUCUUUCUCAAAAUACAAGGUUUCAAAGUUUGAAACAUCAAACCUGGAUUGGAUUGAUACAAUUCCAGAGUGUCCAAUAUAUUAUCCAAGUAAGGAGGAGUUUGAGGAUCCCUUAGUUUAUCUUCAAAAGAUUGCUCCAGAAGCUUCUAAAUAUGGUAUAUGCAAAAUUGUGUCCCCCAUCACUGCUUCCAUCCCUGCUGGUGUGGUUUUGACGAAAGAGAGAGUUGGAUUCAAGUUUACAACCAGAGUGCAACCACUCCGUCUAGCUGACUGGAAUGCAGAUGACAAGGUCACAUUUUUUAUGAGUGGGAGGAACUACACAUUUCGUGAUUUUGAGAAGAUGGCGAACAAGAUUUAUGCUCGAAAGUUUUGUAGCGCUGGAUGCCUUCCUUCAUCAUAUUUGGAAAGAGAAUUUUGGAAUGAAAUAGUACAUGGAAACACUGAGAGUGUUGAGUAUGCAUGUGAUGUUGAUGGUAGUGCCUUUUCGUCUUCUCCGAAUGAUCAGCUUGGGAAAAGUAAAUGGAACCUGAAGAGGCUCUCUUGGCUUCCCAAAUCCAUAUUGAGACUUCUUGAAAAAACAAUCCCGGGUGUUACUGAACCAAUGCUUUACAUUGGAAUGCUAUUUAGCAUGUUUGCAUGGCACGUUGAAGAUCAUUUCCUGUACAGUAUAAAUUAUCAUCACUGUGGGGCUACAAAAACUUGGUAUGGCAUUCCUGGUCAUGCAGCGUUUGAUUUUGAGAAGGUUGUCAGGAACCAUGUAUACAACAAGGACAUUUUGUCAGCUGAUGGCGAGGAUGGCGCAUUUGACAUCCUUCUAGGAAAGACAACACUGUUUCCACCUUAUAUCUUGCUAGAACAUGUUGUUCCUGUGUAUAAAGCUGAGCAAAAUCCCGGGGAAUUUGUCGUGACAUUUCCUCAAGCAUAUCAUGCAGGGUUCAGUCAUGGUUUUAACUGCGGUGAGGCUGUGAACUUUGCGAUUGGCAAUUGGUUCCCUGUUGGUUCAAUUGCUUCCCAUCGUUAUGCACUUCUUAAUAGGCUACCCCUCCUUCCCUUUGAAGAGCUUCUAUGCAAAGAAGCAAUGCUUCUUUCAAGGAGUUUGGAACUUGAAGAUCAUGAUUUCCUAAUGGAUGGCAUGAAGUCUUAUCAUUCAAUAAUAGCAUCUUUUGUCAACUUGAUGCGGUUUCAUCACUUUGCUCGGUGGCAUCUGAUCAGAUUGAAAGCAUGCACAGACAUAUCUCUAGUUUCACACAGUACCAUUCUUUGCAGCAUCUGCAAACGUGAUUGUUAUGUGGCUUACAUUAAUUGUAUGUGUUACUCGCAUGCAGUGUGCCUUCGCCAUGAUCCUAGGUCACUUCAGCUACCAUGUGGAAGAAGAAGAACCCUUUGUUUAAGAGAAGAUAUUUUGAACAUGGAAGAUGCAUCUAAGAAAUUUGAGCACGAGGAAGUGGUAUUGUAUGAGGUUCAAGAACUGUUAAAAAAGAGUGAAGAUUUUGCUAUCCUCCUGAAUUUGUUUCCAGAAGUCAACGAGGGCAUGGAUUAUGUUCCAUACUGUGACUUGCAUUUUGAAUUUCCUGGGGAAGUUGAUAGUCAGUUAGACAGGAUAGUUAACAACCAUCAGCCGUGCAUGGAAAUGGAAACUUCAAUUUCUGAAGCUAUAAUUCCUGUUUCGGUUUCUGAAGGUUUAUUAUGUGCUGACAUGAAUGCACAGAAUUCGGGGAAUAGAAAUUUAGUUGAUCGAGAUGACAGUAAUUCUGAUACAGAAACAUUCAGGGUAAAGAGACGUUCUAGAUUGGAGCAACGCCACACCCAUGAUUCCAUUGCUUGCCGUAACGUAAACCAGGGAUCCAAACAGCUAAAGAAGCAGAAAUCUUAUGCAACACAUUGUUCUGGCAGAAGUUUCACAUCCAGUGCGACUCCCAAUCAAUCAAAGGAGUUUGCUCCUUCGGCUCCAAGAGACAUAACAUGCAAAAGUAAAGACAAAUUGGGGAAUAAGGAAUCCAUAACGAAGCACAGAAGAGAUGGUAUUGGGUCAGGUAACACUGUUAAGGAGUCAAUCCCUAUAAACACGGGGCCAAAGAGACUUAAAAUCCGUGGUCCGUCAAUUUUAGGACUUGAAAGUUCUAGAACGGGCUGAGCUGCUAAUAAUCGACUCUGCUGAAUCUAUUGUUAGAAUCUGUUUUUUCCGCCAACAUGCCAUGCCUAGAAUUUCAAACUUAGGUAGCAUUUGAUUAAAAAAACAACAACAUUUAACCGGAAAAGCAUAGGUUAGAGAAGGAUUCUUUGUGCAGGCCUCUAAGUGGGGCAAAUUGCAUGGUGGUGGCACUCAGGGGGUGAAGGUGUUCUCCCCCAAUAUUUCAUAGGAGAACCCUUUGGUGUCCUUUACACUUGCUGAAACUCGGUUUUGGGUUUAUUAGCCAGCAGAGCCUUUAAUGGAGUAUAAUAAUUGUAUGACACUUGUGACCCCAUUCUUGAGAGGAUGAUGAUUAGUGGUUCAUUAUUGCAGUAUGCUUGAUAGCCAAUUCUUUGACCAAAGU